GGGUCAGAACACUGGCGGCCGAUCCCAGCGAGGCUCCUUGGAGCCGGACCCAGAGCAGCGCCCUGGCCGGGCCAAGCAGGAGCCGGCAUCAUGGAUUCCUUCAAGGUAGUGCUGGAGGGGCCAGCACCUUGGGGCUUCCGGCUGCAAGGGGGCAAGGACUUCAAUGUGCCCCUCUCCAUUUCCCGGCUCACUCCUGGAGGCAAAGCGGCGCAGGCCGGAGUGGCCGUGGGUGACUGGGUGCUGAGCAUCGAUGGCGAGAACGCGGGUAGCCUCACACACAUCGAAGCUCAGAACAAGAUCCGGGCCUGCGGGGAGCGCCUCAGCCUCGGCCUCAGCAGGGCCCAGCUGGUUCAGAGCAAACAGCAGAAGGCCCCCACCCUACCCUGCCCGCCCGCCCUGCCCGGCUGUGUCUCUGCCCAGGCCUCCGCCCCCGCCGCGGACCCUCCGCGGUACACCUUUGCACCCAGCGUCUCCCUCAACAAGACGGCCCGGCCCUUUGGGGCGCCCCCGCCCGCUGACAGCGCCCCGCAGCAGAAUGGGUGCAGACCCCUGACAAGUCAACAGCCGCUCCGACCGCUGGUCCCAGACGCCAGCAAGCAGCGGCUAAUGGAGAACACGGAGGACUGGCGGCCGCGGCCGGGGACAGGCCAGUCGCGUUCGUUCCGCAUCCUUGCCCACCUCACAGGCACCGAGUUCAUGCAAGACCCGGAUGAGGAGCACCUGAAGAAAUCAAGGCAUCUCCUGUGGGGCCAGCAGGACCCCGGUUGGGGGGUGGGGCCAUGCCAGGAAGCUCAGCCAUGCAGGGCCUUGAAUGGCAGAUCUUGCAGCCAGGUGCCCAGGACAGAAGCCCCAGCCCCAGCCUCAUCUACACCCCAGGAGCCCUGGCCUGGCCCUACCGCCCCCAGCCCUACCAGCCGCCCGCCCUGGGCUGUGGACCCUGCGUUUGCCGAGCGCUAUGCCCCGGACAAAACGAGCACAGUGCUGACCCGGCACAGCCAGCCGGCCACGCCCACGCCGCUGCAGAGCCGCACCUCCAUUGUGCAGGCAGCUGCCGGAGGGGUGCCAGGAGGGGGCAGCAACAACGGCAAGACUCCCGUGUGUCACCAGUGCCACAAGGUCAUCCGGGGCCGCUACCUGGUGGCACUGGGCCACGCGUACCACCCGGAGGAGUUUGUGUGUAGCCAGUGUGGGAAGGUCCUGGAAGAGGGUGGCUUCUUUGAGGAGAAGGGCGCCAUCUUCUGCCCACCAUGCUAUGACGUGCGCUAUGCACCCAGCUGCGCCAAGUGCAAGAAGAAGAUUACAGGCGAGAUCAUGCAUGCCCUAAAGAUGACCUGGCACGUGCACUGCUUUACCUGUGCUGCCUGCAAGACGCCCAUCCGGAACAGGGCCUUCUACAUGGAGGAGGGCGUGCCCUAUUGCGAGCGAGACUAUGAGAAGAUGUUUGGCACAAAAUGCCAUGGCUGUGACUUCAAGAUCGACGCUGGGGACCGCUUCCUGGAGGCCCUGGGCUUCAGCUGGCAUGACACCUGCUUCGUCUGUGCGAUAUGUCAGAUCAACCUGGAAGGAAAGACCUUCUACUCCAAGAAGGACAGGCCUCUCUGCAAGAGCCAUGCCUUCUCUCAUGUGUGAGCCCCUUCUGCCCACAGCUGCCGCGGUGGCGCCUAGCCUGAGGGGCCUGGAGUCAUGGCUCGGCAUUUCUGGGUAGGGCUGGCAAUGGUUGCCUUAACCCUGGCUCCUGGCCCGAGCCUGGGGUUCCCUGGGCCCUGCCCCACCCCCCUUAUCCUCCCACCCCACUCCCUCCACCACCACAGCACACCGGUGCUGGCCACACCGGCCCCCUUUCACCUCCAGUGCCACAAUAAACCUGUACCUAGCUGUG